CCCCUGGGGAAGCCGGAAGAGUGCAUUUGCGCGCGCUUCCCAAAGUCGCUGCAGCUCGGAGGACAGUGCAUGGGGCAUCGUACUCUAGCUUCUUUCCCGGCCCUGUGGGCCUCCAUCCCCUGUCCACGCUCGGAGCUGCGCCUGGACCUGGUUCUGGCUUCCGGACAGUCCUUCCGGUGGAGGGAACAAAACCCUGCGCACUGGACUGGAGUGCUGGCGAACCAGGUAUGGACACUGACCCAGACUGAGGAGCAGCUCUACUGUACUGUGUACCGAGGCGACAAGGGAUGGGUUGGCAGGCCUACACCAGAAGAGCUAAAGACUGUGCACCAGUACUUCCAGCUGGAUGUCAGCCUGGCUCAACUAUAUCACCAUUGGAGUUCUGUGGACCCCCACUUUCAAGAAGUGGCUCAGAAAUUCCAAGGUGUGCGACUCCUGCAACAGGACCCCAUCGAGUGCCUUUUCUCCUUCAUCUGUUCCUCCAACAACAACAUUGCUCGCAUAACUGGCAUGGUAGAACGGCUCUGUCAGGCCUUCGGACCUCGGCUCAUCCAGCUUGAUGAUGUCACCUACCAUGGCUUCCCCAGCCUGCAGGCUCUGGCUGGGCCAGAGGUAGAGGCUCAGCUCAGGAAGCUGGGCCUGGGGUACCGUGCCCGCUACGUGAGUGCCAGUGCUCGAGCCAUCCUAGAAGAACAGGGUGGGCUGCCCUGGCUGCGGCAGCUGCACAAGGCCCCUUACGAGGAGGCCCACAAGGCCCUCUGCACCUUGCCCGGGGUGGGCACCAAGGUGGCUGACUGCAUCUGCUUGAUGGCCCUAGACAAGCCCCAGGCCGUGCCCGUGGAUGUCCACAUGUGGCAGAUUGCCCAGCGUGACUACUGCUGGCACCCCACCACGUCCCAGGCCAAGGGUCCAAGCCCCCAGGCUAACAGAGAACUGGGAAGCUUUUUCCGGAGCCUGUGGGGACCUUAUGCUGGCUGGGCCCAAGCAGUACUGUUCAGUGCUGACCUGUGCCAACCCCACCGGGCUCAGGAGCCACCAGCAAAGCGCAGGAGAUCUACAGACCCAGAAGGCUACGUGGGGGGCACUGGACAAAGGGGUUCCCCAAAUACUUCUCCCCCCAUCCAGUUUUGUGUUGGGAAGGGGGCAUCCUGCAACUACCUCAGGGGCCAGGUGCACUCAAAUUAAGUAGUUUGCACAGCAGUGUGGGGUGGGGAUUCCCUGGAGAGACAGAGCUACCUAUGUUUUUAUCUCUUCCCUUUAUUACAAGAAAGAACAAUAAAAUAGAAACAUUUGUAUGGAAAA